CUGAGUGACGGAGACGACGCGCUAAUGUAUUAUUGUUAUAAACUACAACUUCACAUUACCAACUAAACUAACACGGGGACCGGCUGUAUCGCUGUCAACAGUCCAAAGCUGCUUUAGAGCGCGAGACAGACCAGAACCACAGGUCACCAGAGUGCCUGACCGCUCACGUCUCUCCGAUGGACAGUGAGGAUGACCUGGACAUGUUGACGGCGCUGCUGGCUGAGAGUGAGGGAGUCCAGGAACAAGACCAUCGGGAGCAGGCGGACGCCUUGGACGACCUGUUUGACGCCGCCGAGGAGGAGGAGGAGUACAAAGAGGGCGUCGAGGAGGAAGGGCCGGCUGUGGGCAGGCAGGGGGAGGACACUGAAGACGAAGAGAGAGACGCUGAAAGAAAAGGAAGCGAUGAGGGAGCGCUCCUCGACGGGUCCACGGUGGACUUGCAAGACCAGCUGAGGCGCAUGCAGGAGCAGAUGCAGCGGCUGCAGCAGCAGCUGGAAGCGAGCCAGAAGGUUUCCCCCUCAUCUUCCACCGCGGUCCUGACUGCAGGGAGCUCGGCCAGUCCCAAACCAAUGACCCCCAAACCAAUGACCCCCAAAACCCCGACCCCAACCUCCAUGACCCCCCCUGCCAAACCGUCUUCUACCACCCAGAGGGCCAAGACCCACGCAGCAGCAACAUCUCCAUCCACUGCAGCCAGCGGAGGAGGCGUGAAGCUCCAGGAGUCCGCAGACUUCUUCGACCAGCUGAACAACGCUGACUCCUUCAAACGCAAACCCAGGGUGGCUCACCUCCCCACGCCCAGCUCACCCCCAGAAGACAGAGGUCCACUGAUGGAGAUAAAGAUUGGUGGCACCUUCCAGCCAGCAGAGGGCAGCGGUAAGGCUUUCAAGCCUCCGCGUUCUGCGGCCUCUCAGAGCCGACCUGCUGCAACGGGAACGCCCAGAGCUUCUUCUCUUCCUCCUCUUCCUAAAGAUGUGGGCGUUGAGAAAUACUCAGGACUGCGGCUGAGAAAGCCGCUCGUUUCAUCCUGCGAGAUGGACCGCAAGAUGGCCGACCGCCGCCGCAUCCGUCUGUCGGAGGUGCCGGAGCGUUUGGCGAAAGAGAAGCUGGAGGACAGCGACUGGGUGACCUUCGCUGUGCUGGUCAACAAGGUCACGCCACAAAGCAACAGCAGCGGGAAGACCUUCAGUAUCUGGAAGCUGAGCGACCUCCACAACCUGGAGGUGUUCGUGUCGCUGCUGCUGUUCGGAGAAGUCCACAAAGAGCUGUGGAAGACGGAGCCGGGCACCGUCAUCGGACUUCUCAACCCCAACCCCAUGAAGCAGAAGGAGGGCUACGACGGGGUGAGCCUGACGGUGGAUAACCCACAGAAGGUGCUGCUGCUGGGGGAAGCUCAGGACUACAGCACCUGCAAGGCCCCGAAGAAGAACGGAGACCCCUGCUCUCAGAUCGUCAACACGUUCGAGUGCGAGUACUGCCAGUAUCACGUGAAGGCGCAGUACAAGCAGAUGAGCUCCAGGAGGGCCGAGCUGCAGUCGGCGUACUCCGGCAAGGUGCCCGGCAAGGGGAAGGGGAGGGGCCUGAGGGAGCGGCUGUGUCAGGACGGGUUCUACUACGGCGGCGUGUCCUCGCCGGCCUGCGCCGCGUCACUAACGUCGUCUAACCCCAACAAGCCGGUCCAGAAGACUCUGGACAAGCUGUUUGUGAAAGGCGCCGCGCAGCUGGUCCAUCAGGCCAAGAGGCUAGCCCUGCAGGCCGGUGAAGUUGCCGGCUGUUCAGAUGAGUUCAAGAGCCUGUUGUCGGCGCCGACCCCCGGAGCGCUGCAGCUGAAGAAGCACCUGGCGCAGGGCGGCCCCUCAGCCUCCCGGGAUGCUGCCGCUCCGUCCUUCUCCGCCUCCGACCUGCUGAAGCAGCAGAAACGGAGCCAGCGAGAGUUCCUGCAGAACCGCCGGCGCCGGGCGGACGAGAUCCAGAAGAGGGCGCCGUCGAGCCCGCCCGGGUCCUCCUACUCAUCGCCGGGCCGGGGCGGUCCGACGAACCCGAAACCGGCGCCAGGGGUCCCGUGUGGCCCCGCCCUGGGCCGAGGCUUCGCCGAGGGAGAAGACAUCCUCUUCUUCGAGAACGGCCCGCCCCCGGCGGCGCCCGCCCCCCUCGGCCUGUCCGCCGCCAAGAUGGCCGCCAUGAGGAAGCUGAGAGCCAAAGGCGCGACGGGGCUCGAUAAGGAAGACCCCAACGCCGUGAAGAGGAAGAGGAGCAGCGACGGCGACAUCAGCGCCCGAGUGGAGAAGAGUCUGACCUCGCCCAAAGGCGACUCGUCCGGCAAUGAGGAAGAGGAGCCGUUCCAGAAGAGGAGGCGAGAGAAGCUCCUCUACAUCCAGUCCGAGGGCUUUCAAAAGAUCCUGAACGCCAAGUCUCGCCACGACGCGGCGCUGCAGGCGGCGGAGUACCAGCUGCAGGAGCGUUACUUCGACCCCCUGGUGAAGAAGGAGCAGAUGGAGGAGAAGAUGAAGGGAACCAGAGAGAUGAAGUGUCGCGCCGUGAGCUGUAAAAAGUGCGGUUACACCUACUUCAAGCCGGCGGACCGCUGCGUGGAGGAGAGUCACAGCCUGCGGUGGCACGACGCCACCAAGCGCUUCUUCAAGUGUCCCUGUGGACAGAGAGCCAUCGCCCUGGACCGGCUGCCCCACCAGCACUGCAGUAACUGCGGUCUGUUUAAAUGGGAGCGCGACGGGAUGCUGAAGGAGAAAAGAGGCCCGAAGAUCGGCGGAGAGCUGCUGCAGCCCCGGGGGGAGGAGCACGGCCAGUUCCUCAACAGCAUGAAGUAGAGACGUCGCAUUGUAUGAAUUAUGUUCCUGGAGUUUGAUGUGUGUGUUGAUUAUGGAGAUUUUAAUGUGAUUUUAUUGGAAACGCUUUAAAUACGACAAUUAAAGCUAUUACUUUGUA